AUGGGUAAUGUUGAAAGACCAAGAUACAUAUUUAAGCGACGUGGUGAAGUGACAAUCAAUAUUGUCCCAGUUGUUAAUGGUUCUAAUAACAUAGGAUGGGGAGUUGAAACCAAUCCUUUUCAUAGCUUUUUAGCCUUCAUUUUCUAUGUACUUGUUGGUUUCCUUCAAAUCAGUUAUCCAGAUAAUCCCACUGCAUUUCAUGUCCAUCCAAAAACAAUGUUUGUCUCUAUCUCUAGCUUUUUACUAUAUUGCUUUCUCUUCUGGGUUAAGAUUAAGUUUGUCACCACAAGGAUUGAAACUUUCAUAGAAGUGUUUGGAUCACUUUCAAUAAUUUCCUUGGUUUUGAUGUUCCUUCCAGACAAUUGGGGAUUAUGUGGAUACAUUAUCAUAUACACAAUAUGGCUCAUUUUUCAUGUAUUGCUUGUUAUUUUCAGACGCAGUUUGGUUUGGAAACGUCCACUCAUGAAUAACAAGUUGCCAUCACUCCUACCGUGUACUUCAAUAGACUUGAAUUAG